GAGUUGUUGGCACAUCUAGCUCGCGUAGGCAUCGCCCACAGGCACCUUUAGGUCAAGUUCCGUUUAUCAAAACGCCUAAAAACCUAACUGCGUACAAGCAGGAGCUAUUGGGCGCGAGGAAAAUGAGGAUGAAGCUGUGCGUGCUGCUGUUGUUGGCGGGUUUCUGUUUCCAGAGUGGGUCCCUGACUGGUCUGACCUGCAAGACCCCCGCGAUCCUAAAAGCUGCACAGUUAGCCCUGGAUAAGAUCAACGAAGACAGGCAAGAAGGCUACGUAUUCGCCUUUAAUCGGCUCCACGAUGUACAAAAGGAGUCCAGUGACCCAAGUGGGGUGGUGUACAACCUGAUCAUCGAUGUACUGGAAACAAAGUGUCAUGUAAUCAGCAAGAAGAAUCAAAGUGCAUGUAGGAUCAGAGAUCAUGUAAAUCCGAAAUAUGGGAACUGUGAAGCAAAUAUUUUUGUAGAUUCAACUGAACUAAAUGUUGAGCUCAAGAAAUACAGCUGUACCAUACAACCAGUACCAGGCUCAGUCAUUAGGCGCAGAUGUCCGGAUUGUCCUACCGGUGUGAAGCUGAAUCGUCCUCAAGUAUUGCAGGCUGCCGAGGUCUCCCUGAGAAAGUUCAACGAAAAUACCGGCUAUCCGAAUUACUUCGCCCUCCUCAAUGUGACGGCGGCAACAAUGCAGUGGGUUUUUGGUGCAGCCUACUUUGUGGAAUAUACCAUUCAGGAGACAGUGUGCUCUAAGGACACACCUGACGUCAAUGUGUCCCAAUGCAAACUGAUGGACUGUGAAUUUGCUCACAAGGGACUCUGUACAGCCUCUCAUAUCGAUAGAGGAAUGGCAAUCAUGCUAAAACUUCCAGGAGGGUCAGAACCACCGGUCAUGAACCCGACUAUCACUGCGGCUCAGUGUGAAAUCUUCGAACCAGAGGCUGCAAAGACCGAAGAAACGAAACACGCGGAAGAAGGCGCUCACGGCUCCGAUUCGGACAAAGAGCAACAACCCGCAGACCCAUCGCACAAGCACGAGCACAAACACCUGCACCCCCACGAGCACCACCACGACAAGUUGAAGGCCAGCCCCUCUGCCCCAGGGCCCAGAGCCCCACUGGGGACUGUGCAGGUUCUUCCUCCCCCUGAUUUGCCACAGCCGUCUCGAGCUACACCGAGUGCUAGAGGUUGCCCCGGACAAGCUAUUCACAACCUCACUUUAAAUGAUUUCAAGAUCUGAAUGAAAACCGCAGGUAGGCUAGAGCAGUUCACUCAUUAGCUCAGUCAUUUCUUGAUCUGACGUUUGCAUAAUCACCAGCUAAAGUCAUAGACUGCAAGUGUAGCCUAAAGAUUGUACUGUGCUCAAGUACAGGAGUGAAUCAGCUUAGCUCCCUAAAACGAAGGUAAUUGGUCGGAACGAAAAUCAGCUCAAAGACCAGGACUGGAGUUACACCCCUGGGUUACAAUCAUGGGCAUAGGUUUUAUUUCAUCUUUGGGGAAGACACACUGCUAGACCCCCUAGUAUUGAGUAGCCAAAUGUCAAGUCUCACAACCAUACAGGCUAGUCUAGAAAUUAAUUCAUAUAAAAAUAUUGGGGGUGAACCUACAUGUAUAGCUACAGUAAUGAUGAGAACAAGCAAUUCAGCUCUUCUGUACUCAACACCUGCCUACAAUUAAAAAUGUUAUUACCCA